UGCAACAUUUUAUCACAAAAGACAAAAACCAAAAAUCUUCUAAUUGUCAUUGGUCCAUUUUUGUGGUGUUGUAGUAUGUUUCACAAUCUAUGUAGAUAAGCUUUUUGUUCUAAAAUAAAUAGCCAAAAACAUAUACACAUUUCUCUUUUAAAUUUACAUAAAAAUUAAACAUUACCUUAGUUUAUUCUCAUUUUCCAAUGGCUUUAGCUAUUCAAUCCACUGCAUUUUCUAGCAUUCCAAUCAGGGAAGUACUACCUACAAAAACAUUUUCAGGGAAAGUUACAACAUGUGUGUUGUCCAAAAAAAGUACUAGGUUGUAUGCUGGUAAAGAAGUUUCAAGUGUUUGUGAACCACUUCCUCCAGAUAGGCCACUAUGGUUUCCUGGAAGUUCACCACCAGAAUGGCUUGAUGGCAGUCUGCCUGGAGAUUUUGGCUUUGAUCCUCUUGGAUUAGGGUCCGAUCCAGAACUACUGAAAUGGUUUGCUCAGGCUGAGCUAAUACACAGCAGAUGGGCGAUGUUAGCAGUAGCUGGAAUACUAAUCCCCGAAUGGCUAGAAAGUCUCGGAUUCAUCGACAACUUUUCAUGGUACGAUGCUGGUGAACGAGAGUAUUUUGCAGAUUCGACAACUCUAUUUGUUGUGCAGCUAGUCUUAAUGGGGUGGGCGGAGGGUCGUAGAUGGGCUGAUAUAAUCAAUCCAGGGUGUGUUGACAUUGAACCAAACGUACCUCACAAGAAGAAACCGAAACCAGAUGUUGGAUAUCCCGGUGGAUUAUGGUUUGAUCCUUUCAUGUGGGGAAGAGGAUCACCCGAACCGGUUAUGGUGUUGAGGACUAAGGAGAUCAAGAAUGGUCGGCUCGCUAUGUUAGCUUUCGUUGGAUUUUGUUUCCAAGCUGUGUAUACCGGACAAGGUCCUGUCGAGAAUUUAAUGUCACAUCUUGCUGAUCCCGGCCAUAACAACAUAUUCGCGGCUUUUACAUCCCAUUGAUGAUACUUACACCAAAAAUGAAAAAAAUUACUCCAUUUGUACCAAGAAAGUCUUUGUUGAUGUUGAUAUAUACAAAAAGGGCAGUCCGGUGCACUAAAGCUACCGCCAUGAGCGGUGUCCGGGGAAGGGACCCACCGCAAGAGUGUAUCGUACGCAGCCUUACCUUGCGUAUAUGUAUUCAUGUAAAUGGACAGGUCUAUGUAACUCAUUCUUGACAAAUAUGACAUUUCUUUAUAUGUUAUCAUGCAUUGAUUCCUGUA